AUGGGCGACCUAUACGAGCAACUAGGGCCGCCUGGUGAUGAACCACCUCCACCACCUGGUCCCCCAGCAGCGCCGCCGCCACCACCGCCGCUACCACCACCGCCACCAUCACAACAGCCUGAAGCUCAACAGCCUUCUAGUACGCUACCGCCAGGUGACAUUCAGAGCUCUCCCAGCAAGCAAGGUCAGAAAAUGUCCGGAGGAGAAGGGAGUAAAACAAGAAUAGAAAAGGCAAAAGAACAGGCAAAAACGAAGAAGGAUGCACAAGAUGAUAAGUCAGACUCCACAUCUCCGCCGACGAAAGCUGCAGCACGUGCAUCUCAUGCGUUUUGGAUAAAUUUCAAAAAUCCGAAUAUGAACCGGAAAGACGAAUUCCUCACUUGCACUCGACCUCACGUGAACAACGCGUGGCCCAGUCCCACUCGUAACAUCACGGUGGGUAACCUUUCUGUUCAACAUGGCGUCUAUACAAAAGUUUGA